GAUUCAGAUCUAAAUCUACUUUUUACCCCACACAUCUCAGAGACAAUAUUGUAAACAUGUUUCAAAAAAAUGUAGAAACUGAACUAUCUUUAUUACAUGAAACUACAAGUGAUUUACCACCUAGGAAUAAUCUUACAAUGAAAGAAAAAAGGGCACUUAAUACUUUGAAAAAUGACCAUGAUAUAGUUAUUCGAAAAGCAGACAAGGGAGGUCAAAUUGUUAUACUUAAUAAAUCAGAUUAUGUUUUUGAGGCCCAUAGACAACUUUCAGACAGAGAGACAUACUUACCUCUUGAAAAAAGUCCCCUAAAUAUAUAUGCUUCAGAGCUUGAUGCUUUGCUACAAGAGGCAUUAAGCUUUAACAUCAUUGAUGAUAAACUUAUUGCCUUUAUUAAAAAUGACACACCAAAAUCAGCCAUUUUUCACCAUUUGCCUAAAAUACAUAAAAAAGAGAGACCACCAGUAGGACGCCCUAUUAUAGCAGGUAUUGGUUCACUUGGCGAAAAUUUGUGCGAAUUUAUAGAUCAUUUUCUACAGCCCCUAGUUCUAAGACUACCUAGUUAUCUUAGAGAUAGUGGUCACUUAUUACACUCUCUUGAUAACUAUCAAUGGAAUUCACCUAAUCUAAAAUGGGCCUCAAUUGAUGUCGCUUCCUUAUACUCAUGCAUUCCCCAUGACCUUGGCCUACAGGCCAUUGAAUUUCAUUUAAACCAAUAUAGCACUUACGAUUCUAACCUCAUCACUUUUUUACUAAAAUCUAUAUAUUUUCUCCUCACCCAUAAUUUUUUCUAUUUUGAUAGAAAGUACUAUCUACAAUGUAGAGGCACGGCCAUGGGGGCCAAAUUUGCACCCUCCUACGCGAACCUCUUUUUAGUAGGAUUUGGAGGAGAAGGAGAGGUGUGCGAGAGACAGCAUGAGUGUAAGGAGAUGUGA